AUGGCUUCUGCACUCAACAGCAAAAUUCACGCACCCGGGACUUGCCCGGGCUCCAAAGCUGAUGCCCACGGUAGCGCCUGCUGGAGAAUGGACUGCGACCCAGAGAUGCACGUGAAAAUGUGCAAGAAGAUAGCCCAGCUCACCAAGGUGAUCUACGCCCUGAACACCCGCCAGGAUGAGGCCGAGGCCAGCAUGGAGGCGCUGCGGGAAGCGCACCAGGAGGAGAUGCGGAGCACCGUGGCGGAGACCAAGGCCAGGCUCCUGCAGGAACAGGGCCGCGCGGAGGAGGAGGCCCUGCUCCAGCGCAUCGAGGCCCUGGAGGGCGCCCUGGAGCUGCAGAAGAGGCUGACCCAGGAGGCGCUGGCCCAGUCGGCCACGUGCAGGCUGGAGACCAAGGAGAGGGAGCUGAGGGUGGAGGCGGAGCACGCAGAGCGGGUCCUCACCCUCUCCAAGGAAAUGCUGGAGCUCAAGGCUGACUACGAGAAGAGGCUCCGGCACCUGAUGAGCCACGAGGCUCCCCAGUGGGGCCGGCUGUCCCAGGAGAGCCCUGACCCAAAGGCAGAGCCGAGCUCCGGCCCCGAGAUGCGGGAGGUCCUCCUGGAGGUGGAGCGGCUGCGCGUGGAGAACCAGCAGCUGAGCAAGGACUACGCCAGGAAGGCCGAGGAGCUGCAGGCCACCUACGAGCGGGAGAACGAGGCCAUCCGGCAGGCCAUGCAGCAGUCGGUGAGCGAGGCCCUGUGGCAGUGGCAGGAGAAGGAGACCGACCUCCGCAAGAACUUCCAGGUCCAGGAGUCGGCCCUGCAGGCCCAGGUCAGGAAGCUGGAAGGGGACCUGGAGCACAGAGGUCGCAAGAUAAGUGACCUGAAGAAGUAUGCCCAGAAGCUGAAGGAAAGGAUUCAGGACCUGGAUGUGCAGCUCAAGGAGGCUCGACAGGAGAACUCGGAGUUGAAAAGCACUGCGAAGAAACUUGGGGAGAAGCUGGCCGUGGCCAAAGACAGACUAAUGCUGCAGGAAUGUCACGUGACACAGAAAACCGACGACAGGAAGACAGAGCGAAUUCCAGAGAACGAAGUCUUACGGAAAGCGAACGACGUGGAGGCCCGCCGUCCCCGUCCUCAGCAGGACGAGAACUUGCCCAAGGAGUGUCCGUGUACGAGAGGAGGCACAGAGACACAGGCCGACAAGGAGGCGCGAGUGGAGAUGGAUUACAUGAAGCAGCAGUAUGAGGAGGAUCUUCGCAAGAUCAAACACCAGACAGAGGAGGAGAAGAAACGUCUCAAAGAGCAGCUAGUGAGGCGCCUGGAAGACCUGGUGAAGACGCACACGGCGGAGAUCCAGUCGGUGCGCGCGUCCGUGGAGGCCGAGAGGAAGAGGCUGCAGGCGGAAGUAGAAGCACAGUUGGAGGAAAUGAAGAAGAAAUCAGAAAAUGAAGUCAAGCAGCUAGAAGAAGAGAAAGCAGCCCUAAAUGUGAAGCUCCAGAAUUCCCUGCUCCAGGUUUUAAGGCUGGAAGAAUUUAUCCAGCAGAACAAGGUAUGUCCUCAAAGAAGCAAGGACUGGCCCCCAGAACAGGACUGCCCGGCCCGUGGCGCUUCAGGGACCCAGGAUCCAUGCUUGAAGCUGAAUGAACCUUCUCAGAUGCUGCCCAGAGGAGAAGAGUACCCAGAUAAGUUAGCAGCUGAAGAAGGACGCAGCAAUGACGAAGAGGACAGGGUCGAAGUGCCCCCCAAGGAAGGCGGUGACCUGCAGUCUCCACGGGGCUCUGUGCUGCAGGAGAAGGCACCUGAAAUCCAGCGUCUGCGGGAGGAGUGGCAGGGCCAGAAGGCCAGGUUGCAAGCCCAGGCAGGUGUCCAGCUGCAGCAGGCCCUGGAGCAGUGCGCGGGCCACCACCGGGAGCACCUGCGGGCGCUCCGGCCGCUCUGGCUGCGCUCGGACCGCGAGCGGGAGGAGUUGCAGCGCGAACUGCAGGAGACCAUCCGGCAGAACUAGGCCAGGAAAGCCCAGCACGAGGCUUCCCACCAGCGAGCCCUCCGCCUGCCUGAGAAGGCCAACAAGCAAGCGCUCAAGGCCACAGAGGAGCUCUUGAAAAAGGAAUCCAGCCACAGCCUCCAGAUCCAGCACCAGGCACACCUGCUGGAGCUGCAGGCCUUGGAAGAGAAGGCCCAGCAAGAGCUCCAGGGGGAGCAGGAGAGGAUGCAGGCUCAGCACGCUCUGCUGCUAGAGUCCCUCCGGCAGGAGCUGUGGGAGCAGCAGGCCGUCUGCUCUGAGCACCAGAAGGACUUGGAGGCGCUGCGGGCUGAGCUGGGGGCGCUGGGCAGCUGCGACAGGCGGCAGGCCAUCGGCCAGUGUGCCGGGGACAGCGAAGGCCACACCGACACCGCGGAGGAGCGGGAUGGCCCAGGGCCAGCGGGCCCCCCGAAGGGCGCUGAUGAGCAGCCUGCGGGCGAGGGGUGCCUCCGCCGCGAGAACUCCCAGCUCAAGGACACGGUGCGGCGGCUGCGGGCCGAGGUGGAGCAGCACCAGCAGGAGGCGCUGCAGCUCCGCGAGCAGCGCAGGUCGCUGGAGGAGGACCAGCAGGCCCAGCGGGCCCGGGAGGUGGAGAUGCUACGCCAGGAACACCGGAAGGAGAUGCAGGCCAUGGUGGCAGACUUCAGCAGCGCUCAAGCCCGGCUCCAGGCCCGGCUGGCUGCCCUGGAAACCGAACUGAAAGAUUCCGGAGAGAAGCCAGGGAAGGGGGCGUCCAGGCCGGAGGACGUGCAGCUCAUAGGCCGCCUGCAGACCCGCUUGAAGGAGAGAGAGGAGAUCAUCAAGCAGCUCACGGAGGAGAGGAGAUUCCACUAUGCAGCCUUCCCCAGUGCAAUGUCCCAUCGGAACCGGUCCUUCUCCUUCAACCCUCACCCAGGCUACCUGACCCCUUCCAUGAAGAAGAAGAGGAUGGAGGACGUGCCCAGCCGAGUGGUCAGCGUGCCCAACCUCGCCUCCUACGCCAAGAACUUUCUGAGUGGUGACCUGAGCUCCAGGAUCAACGCCCCCCCAAUAACGAAGUCACCCAGCUUGGACCCAAGCCCCAGUGGUGGCCGGCCUUACAAACCCUCCCAGUCGCUCGAUGUGAAAACUGCCACAAGGACACAAGAUGGUGAAACAGCCGAACCCAAAGAAGCCCAGCAGAAGCAGGGCUCUGCCCACCAGGAGUGGUUUACCAAGUAUUUUUCCUUCUAAAUGGAUCCCUGGGA